AUGUCUUCUACUGCAGAGAAGUUGCCUCUCAGUGACAUCUUUCCCCUCACCUACAGGCCCUUCGGUAAGCAUUGGUAUCCGGCGCCACGAAGACCUGUCACCUAUCUCCGAACCUACUAUUCAGCAAAUAUACAGCGCUGCUCAUCCCAUACUUGGUCCCAUGCCCUCGAGAAGCCCAUCCCUGAAGAACACAUCGACUGCAGAAAACUGAUGCAAAGGUAUGCCUUCGUCCACCGCUGUCCCAUUCCCGAAGAGGAGAGAGACAACAACCCUGUCGGAUUCUGUGAUGAGCAUUUGGUCGAUGGUAGCGGACGAAGUGUGCACAAAGUGCGAACAGCCCUUGAUGGCGAUGAAAUUGACAUACCAUUGUACACAGUCAGACAUGAAGCAUUCAGAUGCUGUGAAGAUGUUUACUUGAAAAAUGGAACAACUGAUGCCCACACCUGUGCUUUGACUUCGGCGCGUUCCUCCUUUUUAUUUGCAUAUUUUGGCGAGUCCUACUAA